AUGGGUUACAGCAUCCGGUUGGCGUACUGCCAGGUCGCUCCCAGAGACUACGACCGAGGCGCCAAAGGAGCCUUGGAAGACGCCAACUGUGUGUUUGAGGGGAGCCUCAUUUCACCGGAUCUUUCGUGCAAAUCGGGUGAGGUCUCGAUGGAGUUGGUGACGAAGGUUCGGGACGCUGAGCACUGGGUUCAAGUGCUGGAGAGCAGCGAAAAGAAGUUAGUCGUUGUUGACGUGCACAAGGAUUGGUGUGGGCCAUGCAAGAUCGUGGAGCCGUCCUAUAAGCGCUUGACUACGGACAUCGAGCACGCAGAGCGUCGAGUCAUGUUCGCGACCGACCGCAAGCAGAUCGCAGAUGUGGAUGGAGCGAAUGCACCGCUACUCGAGCAAUCAGUUAAACAACAUUUGCCACCGAUCGGGAACGACGAUGAAGAAAACUAA